CCGGCCGCUGCCAGAGCCGAGUUCCACAAGUCCCGCACCCGCUCCAGCCCGAGCUCCUGCCAUGCCUCCUGUGGGCAGCGGGACCCCGGGGCUGGAGGUACCCCCGGCGGCCGGGGGGGCACGGAGCUGUGGAUGGGCAUGGCACUGAGAGCGGCUCCGGGACGCGCAUCCUCCCAGGCGGGUUAAUUUUUCUCCGUCUCUAUUUACAUGGUGAUAAGAAGUGCUAACCCCACUCCGUCAGUCUGGACUGAUGAACCUGAGGAACAGAACUGAGCUCUGUGUUGUGUAAACGAACUGAUGGAUGAAGAUGAGAAGGACAGGGCAAAGAGGGCAUCACGCAACAAAUCUGAAAAGAAGAGGAGAGACCAGUUCAAUGUCCUCAUUAAAGAGCUUUGCACGAUGCUGCAGGGCCAUGGCCACCCUCUCAAGAUGGACAAGUCCACAAUACUGCAGAGGACCAUUGACUUCUUACAGAAGCAGAAAGAAAUCACAGCACAGACAGAAGCCUGUGAGAUCAGACAAGACUGGAAGCCUUCAUUUCUUAGCAACGAGGAGUUUACCCAGUUGAUGUUAGAGGCACUAGACGGUUUUCUCAUUGCUCUCACCACAGAUGGGAUUAUUAUUUACGUAUCUGAUAGUGUUUCAUCUCUGCUUGGACACUUACCGUCAGAUUUGGUGGACCAAAAUAUAUUAAACUUCCUGCCUGAGCGGGAGCAGAGCGAGGUGUACAAGCUCCUUUCUCCACAUGUGCUCAUGACAGAUCCUGUUGCAGCUGAUUUUCUGAACGCAGAGAAACAAAUAGAGUUUUGUUGUCAUUUAGCAAGAGGCAGCUUAGAUCCAAAUGAACCCCUGAUGUAUGAAUAUGUGAAAUUUGUAGUGGAUUUUAAGUAUUUUACUCAUGUGCCUACACCCUCCUGUAAUGGCUUUGAGUCAGCUAUUGCACGAGCUUUCAGGUCAGCCACAGAGGAGCAGAUUUGCCUCGUAGCAACUGUUCGUCUUGUCACACCGCAGUUCUUAAAGGAGCUCUGCAAUGUUGAAGAGCCAUGUGAAGAAUUUACAUCGAGGCAUAGUUUGGAAUGGAAGUUUUUAUUCUUGGACCACAGGGCUCCACCUAUUAUAGGAUAUUUACCCUUUGAGGUUCUGGGAACAUCAGGGUAUGAUUACUACCACGCAGAUGACCUGGAGCUUCUUGCUAGGUGCCAUGAACACUUGAUGCAGUUUGGAAAAGGAAAGUCCUGUUACUAUCGGUUCCUGACCAAAGGCCAGCAGUGGAUAUGGCUGCAGACACACUACUACAUCACCUACCACCAAUGGAAUUCUAAACCCGAGUUCAUCGUUUGCACUCACCUCGUAGUUAGUUACGCAGAAGUUCGAGCUGAAAGAAGGCGAGAUCUUGGCCUUGAGGAGUCAUCAGUUGAGCUGGCGUCCUCUUCUCUGAAGAGCCACAGCAGUUACCUGGACGUUGGGCAGUGCAGCAGCAGCCAGGAUGCCAGCCGGGAAGGAGUGUCCCUGUCAUCCCACAGCUCCCGGCGCUCCUCACACACUGCCCUUUCUGACUCCACAUCCACAUCAUCCAUGCGACACACGGACACCAGCACUCCCACCCGCCUGUCAGUGCCAGGGGGACAGGCGGAGAAGGCAGCCCUGCGGGUGGCAUCAGCUGGAAGCACUCAGGCCAUAGCAACUCCUCCAGCCCCUGGUGAGCAGCUCCGUCAGGCGCCGGUGGCUCAGCUGGCAGCCCCCUCUCAACAUGCUGUGAUGCCAGUGUACCAUUUCCCAACCCAGCUGGGAAUGAUGCAUCAGCUGAAAGAGCAGCUGGAGGAGAGGACUCGCAUCCUGCAAGCUGACAUCAAGACACAGCAAGAAGAGCUCCAUGUCAUCAAGGAGCAGCUCCAGCUCGUGCAGGAUUCCAACCUGCAGAUGCUGAUGCAGCAGCCGAUCCCCAUAGUCUUGAACAACCUGCAGCACCCAAACCCAAGGAGGCUGCAGCCGGGGACACCCAGGCAGACCACAGCCAAGAAGUCACAGCAACAAGGCCUUACAGGGAUGAAGCACUACUGCAGCACCCUCCUGCCCUCACCACGCCAGUUCCUCAGGGACCCCUGCGGCACAGCUGCCCAGGUACAGCAGCAGCACCUAGUGAGAGGAAACCAAACCCAGCAAACACGUGUGCCGGGGCAGACGAGCAUCUCAGUGCCCCUCUACAACAACCCCGUGGUGUUAUCACAAACACAUCCCAUUGCAGUGGCUGCACAGAUGCCAGGUGACGGCAGCGAAAGGCAACUACAGUCUGACUACAGCCAGGACAGGAGCCUCAGGAUGCUGUUGGACCAGUCUAUCCAAGCCAUGAUGCCUGCCACCAAUGGCAGUGGCCAGUCCAUGCAGAGCAGUGCCAGCAGGCAGCAAGGAAAAUUCGUUGCAGAGCAGCAGAUCCUGCCUCCCACAGUGCAGAUGCAGCCGGUUACCUGUAGCAGUGUCCGACCUCCAGCCCCAUCGCCUGUUUUCUCCCCAUCCCUGAUGAUCCCACAUGCCAGCUUCACAUCCCACCAGGCAAACACACCGGUUCAUCUCCACCAGUGGCCACAGCAGCAGGUUCAGCAGCACCGUCUCUACCUUCAGAUGCAAGGUCCUGAGCUGGUGCCUGGGGGUGCACAGCGCAUUCUGCAGCCACCCCACACACCACAGCAGAACCCCCUGAGCUACUUCCUGCACCCACAGCAGCAGAGCCGCCACACACAGGGCCAAGCCUCUGACCUGCCUGAGAUGCAGCUGCCCUGAGCACCAGGUGGGAUGCAGGGAGCAUCCUUGGCUGCAGCCACCGCACCAUGGAGCGCAUGGAAGGAGCACUGUGGGAGCAAUAGGAUGGGUGAGGCCGGGCCCCGCAGGGAAGGUGGUGGCUGGAGGAACCAGUCCCCACCAGGGAUGGAUGGCUCCGGGCACCUCAUCUGUUGGGAUUCGUACAUGAUGCUGCUCCGGCAGCCAUAUGUGCCCAGCACUGCAGAAUGACUGGAAGGCAAUGGCUUUCUGGCUGCAGAGAGGUUAUUAUUGGGUCGCCAUGAAGAUUGCUUUGCAAUGGAGAAAACCCUUUUCCAUUCAGGACUUCAAUGCUGAAAGUCACUGUGAAUUUAAGCCCAGCAUUUGGAGCACAUACACAGACUGCAGCGGUCUGCAGGAUGCCAUGGGAUUACCAUGUAUAUAACUCGUUUCGCUGUAGUAGGUCCAUUGUGGAUUUUCCUCCCCUUUUUCUAUACCUCAGUCCUGCAAGGUUUUGUUUUCCAGGAGAUUGGAUAAUGCUGCUAAUUUACGUAACACCACUUUUGCCUGAAUUUCUUACUGUUGUUAUACCAGCUCACACCGCAGCUAGUAAGAUACUUGUCAUGUUUUAUGUUGGUUAAUGAGUGCAGAUAGAUUUAUAUGGUUUUUACUCCCUGUAGCCACGUAUUUUUCAGGUUACAAAGAAUCCUUGUUCUUUUAUUGCUUUGUUUCUAGUGAUGCAGUUGUAUAUGUUUCUAUACAUGAAAACAAGCAAGCAUAGAACAGCCUGUGAGGGCAAACUUUGUGGUUUUGCUCGAUCAUGUUCCCAUUUGGCCAACCUGAAUGAAUCCCAAGGACACAAGAGAUGUUCCAAGUCCAUAGAGUCAGCAAUAAAUGGUAUUUUUGUAAAUCGUCACUUUAAAACUAUAAGUUUAUAUUUAUGAAUUGAAGAAGACAACAGCAGUUUAUUCCUCAGUGGCUGUGUGGUUUAGUGUCCCUACUCUUUGUGUCUUUCCAAAGGCAGAAUGAAAGUGUACGUAUCUGAGGUGUUCAUAGCUGAAUACUUUGGGCACUGUUAGCCCACACCUAAGAGAUAGAUAGAUUACUAUGAGCUUUGCAAGAAACUGGCUAGUUAGGACCAGGUUUAGCUAACAGCUAAGCUCCAUCUGGCAGUCAGAGCAAGGUUUGGGGUCGGGUGAGUUUGUAACUUGUGGAAUCCAAGCAAAGCGUGCUUUUUUCCCCCCUUUUUUUGGUGUGUGUUUGCUUGUUUUGGGGUCAUUUGUUUGGUUUGUGUUAAUUUGGUUGGGGUUUUGGCAUUUGUUUGCUUUUUAUCUUGUGCAAGCUGCUUUCUUGGCACCCCCACUGCAGCUGGUCACUGGUACUUACUGAUAGAGCAGCCUUUGGCACAAGCAGCCCAAGCAGUAGGGAGGAAGUGGGAACGUUAGCAUAGCUAACAGUGACAGCUCAACCCUUGGCUCUUAAAGCUCAAGUCCUGGGGAGAACCAAGGGUCCUUCGUGCCCCAGCAUCAUGUAGGGGCUGCAGCAAGGGCCAGCACGCAGCCUUUGAGGUAGGAGAGUAUUUAUCUUUAUUCUUAAAGCACUGUUACUUUUAGGGUCCCCCCUCCCAUCCUAGGACAGUAAAACUGCUCAUGGGCUUAGGGCAGGAGGAGUUGUUAUACUGGGGGGUUGUUUUGGGGUUUUUCCUUCCCUUUAGCCUUGGCACAUAGUUAGUGGGGAAGCAAACACACACAUUAGGGCUCCACUGUUGUGCACAAUUAGUGGCCCAGUGUGGCUGGCAGGAGGGAAAGGCCAUGCACUUGCCCAUUAAACCUGCAUUGCCCCAACACACUACCAUGGCUGUUCCACAGCAUCCCAUCAUGGUACAGGAGCCCAGACGUGGUAACUGCCCAUCAAACAGAGGUGGUGGUGGUCUGGGGCUUGGUAGGGAGGUCGCCAAGGCAGAGUAGUUCACUGGCAUUGGGGUGGCUUGGAAAGCAAGCCAACAAAAGCAGGUUGGGAAGGGGUUUGGGGGGGAGGUUUGUGUGCCGGAUGGGGCAGUGCAUGGACACAGCCCUUCUGAUGGCAGUUCUGGGCUGCAUAGGGAGGGAGGGGGGAUGUGGGGUGUACUGCACCCCUGCUCGCAGCCUCCCAGCACAGAGCACAGGAGGUUUGCAAGGAUGUUUACAUGUUAGAUUGGCCUUGCUGAAAUAAGAGACCUAAAAUGCACUUUAUCAUGUGUCCUUCCCCACCCCUAUUCCCAGUGCCCACACCAGCCACUAGCCCAGCUGCUGGCCAGCAGUGGGUGGCUGCUUGGUCCCAGGCACUGCCUCUCGGGUAGAGCUGUGUUUUCCAAAGGACAAAACCCCAUAGUCCCUUUUGGGGUUUGACUGGUCCCUGCUUGGUCUGCCUCCAGGCUGGGGGGAGGCUGAGGCAGGACCAUGGGGUUUUUGCCUUCUAUUGUCACUUAUUCUCAAACAAAUAGAUGGAUAAAUCAAUAUCUUUAUUCAGGUUGAUUUGUAUUUGUUUACCUCAGUGUUAGUGAUGACCUGUGUUUUUGAGACCCAUUUGGAAUUGAGGGUUGCUGGUGUGUUUGGUGCUUACAAGCACACAAUGUGUGACUUGUUGCUGAUGAGCAGUGGGUAGGAGAGUGACUGAUGCCACCUGUGUCAGGUUUGGGCUCCAGUGUCAGUGUCAACCUAUUAGUCAUUAAUGUUCUGAGGCUUUCUAGUAGACAAGCACCUAUAUACUAUAUUUCUCUAUAUAGAUAUACAGAUAGAUGCAUUUUUAAUAUACAUGUUAUGUGCAUGUAUGUGUAUAUCUAUAUAAAAAUACAUAUGUAUAGGCCACACAAUUCCAGACCUCUGAAAACACAGGCAGCUUUAAUAAAUACAAAGUCUUGCACUUUUAGCAUAUUUGUACAUAUAAGCUAAAGCCUGGUGGGUAUAAUCAGGCUGGUUUGACAAACACAGUGAAAAGUUACUGUAUAUAUUGUAUAUACUCCAUAUAAAAGAAAAUAAGGAAAAAAUCUUAGUAUAAAUCUUGGUUUAUUUUAUAUGAUGUCAAAUAUAGAUACCUUUAUAAAUGUUACUAUUAAAAGUAUUUUGUAAUGGGAAAAAAAGGAAGUGUCUUAUGAAGAUGAAAAGUAAAGAUUUUAUUCUUGUCUUGAACCUAUGUCCUUGCACAGCUCCAUUGAAUGGGACCCCGUGCAUUUUGAUGAGCUUUAAACAGAUUGUACAUAGCAUUUAAAAAAAAAGGAAAGAAAGAAUAAAAAAGGAAGAAAUAAAAUAAUACUGGUAAGAGCUCUUA